GCCGCGGUCCCGGGCGGGGGCCGGAGCCGCCCGGCGCUGGCAGCCGGGGCGAGUGACGGCGCGGCGGCAGCAGCCUCCGCCCGCCGGCUCGCCCGCAGCACCGCGCACACAGCCGGGCCGGCAGCCGGCACCAGAGCCGGGGAUGCGGAGGCGCCGCUGCUGCUGCUGGGGCCCGGCGGCGCUGCUGCUGCUGCCGCUGGGGCUGGGCAGCCUGCUCGCCGCCAAAGUGAACAAACACAAACCCUGGAUUGAGACGUCAUACCAUGGAAUCAUAACUGAAAACAACAACACUGUGAUUUUGGAUCCUCCCCUGGUUGCUUUGGAUAAAGAUGCACCUGUUCCCUUUGCAGGUGAAAUUUGUGCUUUUAAAAUCCAUGGGCAAGAAAUGCCCUUUGAGGCUAUUGUGCUGAACAAGACAUCUGGAGAAGGUCGGCUUCAAGCAAAGAGUCCCAUUGACUGUGAGCUGCAGAAGGAAUACACAUUCAUCAUCCAGGCCUAUGACUGUGGAUCAGGACCAGGUGGAACAAACUGGAAGAAAUCUCACAAGGCAGUAGUCCAUAUCCAGGUAAAGGAUGUCAAUGAGUUCUCCCCAGCAUUCAAGGAGAGCAUGUAUAAGACUUCAGUGACAGAGGGGAAGAUCUACGACAGCAUCCUGCAGGUGGAAGCCACAGACGAAGACUGCUCCCCUCAGUACAGCCAGAUCUGCAACUAUGAGAUUGUCACCACAGAUGUGCCCUUUGCCAUCGACAGGAACGGUAACAUCAGGAACACCGAGAAACUGAGCUAUGAUAAACAGCACCAGUAUGAGAUAAUGGUGACAGCUUUUGACUGCGGGCAGAAACAUGCAACAGAAGAUGCAUUGGUACAAGUUAAUGUCAAACCUGUAUGCAAACCAGGCUGGCAAGACUGGAACAAACGGAUUGAAUACAGGCCUGGCUCUGGCAGCAUACCCUUGUUUCCCAGCAUCCACCUAGAAACGUGUGAUGGACCAGUGUCCUCAAUCCACACCACCACUGAACUGCAGACCAAUUACAUUGGAAAAGGCUGUGAUCGUGAAACCUACUCCGAAAAAUCUCUGCAGAACUUAUGUGGAGCUUCCUCAGGUGCCAUUGACCUGUUACCAUCUCCCAGUACAACGACCAACUGGACAGCUGGGCUCCUUAUGGAUAGCAAUGACAUAAUUUUUAAAUUUGAUGGAAAGCAAGGAGCCAAAAUCCCAGAUGGAAUAGUCCCAAAAAAUUUAACUGAUCAAUUCACCAUCACUCUGUGGAUGAAACAUGGACCUAGUCCUGGAUUAAGAGCUGAGAAGGAGACUAUUCUCUGCAACUCUGACAAGACAGAGAUGAACCGGCACCACUACGCGCUGUACGUGCACAACUGCCGCCUCGUGUUCCUGCUGCGCAAGGACUUUGACCGCGCUGACACCUUCCGCCCCGCCGAGUUCCACUGGAAGCUCGACCAGAUCUGUGACAAGGAGUGGCACUACUAUGUGGUCAACGUGGAGUUCCCUGUGGUGACGCUGUACAUGGACGGGACAACGUACGAGCCGUACCUGGUGACCAACGACUGGCCCAUCCACCCCUCUCACAUCGCCAUGCAGCUCACAGUGGGGGCUUGCUGGCAAGGAGGUGAAGUCACCAAGCCCCGCUUUGCACAGUAUUUCCAUGGCAGCCUGGCCAGUCUGACAAUCCGGCCAGGGAAAAUAGAGAGUCAGAAAGUGAUUUCCUGUUUGCAGGCCUGCAAGGAAGGUCUUGAUAUUAAUUCUCUUGAGAGUCUUGGCCAAGGAAUAAAGUAUCACUUCAACCCUUCCCAGUCAGUCCUUGUCAUGGAAGGAGAUGACAUUGAGAAUAUAAAUCAAGCCCUCCGAAAGGUCUCAUACAUCAAUUCCAGACAGUUUCCUACUGCAGGCGUACGACGUCUCAAAGUCUCAUCUAAAGUCCAAUGUUUUGGUGAAGAUGUCUGCAUUAGUAUCCCAGAUAUAGAUGCCUAUGUAAUGGUGUUUCAGGCCAAUGAGCCAAAGAUUACCAUAACUGGGAUGGACCACUUUGCUAGACCAGCUGCACAGUUUGAAAGUGAAAGGGGUGUUAUUUUGUUACCUGACAUCAGGAUUGUCAGCACAGUCACUAAAAUGCAGCAUUCAGUGGACUUAAGAGAACGUGACAGAGCUAAUAAGCAAGUGGUAGUAGAGGAAAUGCUCCACAACUUGGAUUUCUGUGAUGUUUUGGUCAUUGGUGCAGAACUAGAUCCUGAACAAGAGUGUUUAGAACUAGAUCACAGGGAGCUUCAAGGAAAACAUCUAGAUGCCACAAAUUCCACUGCAGGAUAUUCAGUCUAUGGUGUGGACAGCAUGUUCAACUAUGAGCAGGUGCUGCGGCAGCUCCGCUACCGCAACUGGGGAGCCUCAGCCACCUCGGACAGGAAGUUCAGGGUCAAAUGCUCCGAGCUCAACGGGCGCUACACCAGCAACGAGUUCAACCUGGAGAUUAAUAUUCUACACAGUUCUAACUCCAACUUCAUGGAACAUGUAAAUCACAUGAUAGUCCAGCCCCAAUUUCUCCAAUCUGUUCAGCACCCUGAAGGGAGUGUAAGUGCAGUUUACAGCUCAGUGGUUCCCAGUGUGGCCACGAUCGUUAUCAUCAUCUGUGUGAGUGUCCUGGUGUUGGUGAUAACGCUGGGUGUGUUCCGGCUCCGCACAGCCCGCCAGCAGGGCUCCAUGGGGCAUGAGGGAGCCAAGGAGAACGAGAUGGACUGGGAUGACUCUGCUCUCACCAUCACUGUCAACCCCAUGGAGAAAUAUGAAAAGCCACACCAGACAGAAGUGGAGAGUGAGGAAGAAGACAUAGAUGAUGAAGAGGAAGACACAACCAGUGCUGAAUCAGAUGACAGUGAAGAGGAGGAAGAGGAGGAGGAGGAGGAGGAGGAAGUGAUUGUCCAAAAGGGAGACAAACAGAAUGCCACCAGGCAAGAGCAGUUGGAGUGGGAUGAUUCAACACUUCCCUACUAACAAACAGCCCUCCAGCCACAGGUCUUUUGUAACAACCAAUACAAUGUUUUUUCAUAGUCUAUGACAUUGACAGGGUUUGAACUUCUGCUUGCCUAUAACUGUUUUGCCUAAAAUUAUCUUGUUGUAGUAAUUGAUAAUGAUAGAACUGACCCUUUUCUUAAAAAGCCUGGGGAAAAUGUGGUACAAACCUCCUGGCACAUGCAGUAAUAAAGCAAUCCAGAACUUGAUCUGUUAGCAAGCAUAGUUCUCAAUUUCCUGUUUCUACCCUGCAGAUGUGUGACAAAAGUCCUGUCACUCCAUCCAUAGAAGUUUUUGCCCUUGCUAUUUUUUUCAUACGAGAGAUUUCAGCUUGUUAUGAAGAAUUACUUCUAUGGGUCUAAAUACCAGUGUCAUCUAAUUCCACAUUCUUAUAGGUGUAAAAAACAUAAUCCACCUCCAAACUGUGGCAGGGCUUGAAUGCUACGGGGGCUGAAUUACAUCUGUCAUCUCAUCCUGCCUUUUGGAUGUUAACUGUCUUCUACAAGGGAAUAUCUAUGACUUGACAGGGGAUGCAUGUGUGCCUAUGUAGACAUGGACAGUGUAUUUUUUCAGGCAUGCUGUCAGACCCUGAAGAGAGGGAUUUUUAUCCAACGUAACAAUAGAAAUUAAAAAUGAGUUUUAAAAAAACAGCAACAAGAAGGGGCUGCUGAAGGUUACCCAACCCCCUCCCCAGCUUGUUCUGUGUCCACAGACUGAUAUGGUCUUUUGCAUAUUGCAUAUUAUGCAUAAUAUGGCCUUAUGCAAACUAUAAAUUCUAAUGGGAUUGAGUCAGUGAAAAUCUGUAGAACUGCUCAUUAGUUAUGGAUUGAGCAAUUUGCAGCAAACUGAUACUUUAAACCGUCUGUCUCUUGGAAUCAUUAGCUUGCUGCAGCAUCUUACUGAACUAAUGGAAAAUAAGUUACCCCAUUAUUUCAUAGCUAUGUAUGGCUGGGAUUUAAACAAUUAUUUUAGAUGAGGAAAAUGUUCCCUUUUGCUUAGUGAAGGCCAGCUGGAAUUCCUGUCUGACUGUAUUCUGUAAAAACAUGGUGUCCUAUUUCUUCUGUACCCCUUCCUGUCUGUAGUGCACAAGAGAAAGGAACAACACUGUGAGCCCUCUUCCGUGCUCAUAAUUCUCCCUUAUUUCUUCUUCCUAAGCCAUUAAUGUUGAGAGAAGGUUUUAUAAAGUAGACAAGUAGACAAAUAAAACCUACAUGGAACCAAAAUAGUUGGAAACAAAACCUAAAAUCUUAAAAGGUUGAAAGAGUAUUUUAGUUUGUUAUGGUAACACAGGAUAUUUUUCUUAAACACUGUUUAAAAAGGAAAAAAAAGGAAAAAGCAGAGCUAUGUAUACAAUGUGUUGAUAUGUUUGUGUGGUGUGUUUUUUGUCCCCUUUCCUUAAGUACCUUUGCGUCUUCAACUGCUCUGCUUACCAAAUGCUGCAGCACUUGCUGGUGUAGCUGCUCCAAUGUGUAGAAACAAAAUGGCAUGGAAGUGAAUGCUGCUUAGUGGCUUGUCUAGGUUAUUUUCCUGAGUAUUUUGUUUUCUUUGCCAUUUCAUCUUUGACUUUUGCUUUUAUAAUCUGCCAUUUAAAAUGAGCUGCUUCCUCUUCUCCAUUCUCCCAGUCAAUCUUGCCACAACAGGACCUUCCUGAGCACCCUGAAUGGUGGCUGAAGUUGCAAAGGGUACUUGGAGCACCACCAAUACGCUGGGUUAUUAACAGCUCCUGAAUGUCGUGGGACAUAGGGACUACAUCAUGUGUUUGGGGGUUCCUGUUAUUCCAGUUUCUGCAUUUGAUAGCUGAAGGGAAAUAUAGCAACUAGGAUUUGUAGUUGAAUAACUGGAAAGUAAAUGAUAUUCAUGCUUUUAUUUGUUGUGCCAGCAAUCACAUUGUCAUAUGGUUGUUAAGAUUGGCAAUACAGCAGUUUUCUUUUGUUAUCAAUACUGUUUCAUUUUAUUCUCUCACAUGUAUUAAACUUAAAAGAAUAUUUGUAGAAUCAAGGCCACAUAAGUACAUUUUAUCUGCAAGAAUAACAACUGUAAAAAUUUCCACAAUUUCUGUUUAAUACAAUAUUGAUAGUAAUAUUUCUGAUUAUCUUGAACAACAAUGUUACGUUAGAUCAGUUCCUACCAUCCUAGUAUCCUAGAUUAUUUCCUAGUUUUAAUUUUUUUGUGACAUAAAGCAGGCUUUUCAUGAUGCUUGUUAUCAGCACACAGCAAAUCUUUCUGCUCAGAAAAAAAAAGGAUUUAAAAUUAAAUGCAAAUAUUUAAAAGUCAAUUUUGGAUUUAGAACUGGACUUAAAUUAUUUUAAAGUUCCUGUUACUCUUGAUUAUUAUUAUUGUUACUGUUGUUGUUAUCACAGGAAACAUUAAGGCAACUCAAAAACAGCAAUUUACAAACUUAUUGACAGCCUUUAAUUCUUUUAUAUAUCUGUGAAUUCAUCAGUGUGUUUCUCCGUCUAAUAGACUUCUAUCUUUUUGUUACUAGAAGCAGAUCUUUUCAGGUUGUACUCAUACAUUACACAAGAAGCAAACAAAGUAUUUUCUCUACUGUAAAUAAACCUACAUUUUUAAACCUAAGCAAAGUAAUACAGGCAUGUGUGUUAUCACUAAAACUUGGUUUGCAGUAAGAUAUUCAGCAAACUAAAAUGUAUCACUGUACUUAUUUUAGAUUACUCGUUGGAGUGCAUUAUGCAGCAUUUUCCAUUCAAAUAAAUAGAAACAUCCUUUUCACAAAAUGGCAGUGAGAAUGAGAUACAUCUUCACAAAAUGGGCCCUCGAAUAUUUGUAUAGCACUGAGAGCAGUGGCUUCCUGAGCAAAACUACUACUAGAAAAUCAGAGAAUUAUCACUUUAUCUAAAACAAUUCUAACAAUAUUUCCUCCCCUUCAGAAAUUAUUUUUUGAUAUUACUUACUUACUUAAAAAACAACCAGAACAUAUACACACAUAUGUACAUGAAGACACACACGUGGGUGUUUUCUGCCCGUAAUCAAAAGCCAGAAGUCUCUCCUUUCCUCUCUAAAUAGUUUAGAACUGUAAAACUAUUCAAGUUGGAAAAGACCUCUAAGAUCAUUGAGCACUGCCAAGCCCACUGCUAACACGUCCCCAGGCCCCCCAGUCACAUGCCUUAGAAUUCUCCCAGGGAUGGUGAUUGUCCUGGACAGCCUCUUCCAAUGCCUGACCGUCCUUUCAAUGAGGAAAUUUUCCCCAAUAUUCAAUCUAAAUCUCCCCAGCAUGGCUCAAGGCUGUUUCUCCUUGUCCUAUCACCUGUUACUUGAGAAGAGAAACCAACCCCACCUGGCUGCAACCUCCUCUCAGGGAACUGGGGACAGUGAAAAGGCCCCUCCUGAGCCUCCUUUUCUGUAGGCUGAGCUUCCCCAGCUCCCUCAGCUGCUCCUCAUCAGCCUGGUACUCCAGACCCUUCCCCAGCUCCAUUCCCUUCCCUGGACUGCAGCCCCUCAGGGUCUGUCUUGUGGUGAGGUAGCUUUUUUACACUAGCAAUAAACAAGUGUAUCCAAAGAAAGCAGUUCUGAAGAGAUACUCCCAAUUCAUGGCAUUAGGAAUCCAGAGAUGACAACAGAGGUCUAAAAUGGCAUCAAUGAUGCCUUUAGUUCUUUGAAGUUCUAAUCUAAGGCUAGGAAAGACUGCAAAAACCUACAAAUGCAAACUGAAGAUGUUAUCUGAAUUAAUAUAACUGCCUAAGUGGCUAUUUGUGAUUAAUAGUUCCCAUUUCUCUUUCACUUCUAUCCCCUCCACAGGUGUGUUUUAUCUUUGCACGUAAACUUUAAAAUGCACAAUUGAGGUUAAUCUCAAUAUUUACUGCACUGGCUGACACCACUUCAAAGUAGAAAUAGACAUGCAGGGUUUGUGACAUCUUUAAUACUAAUUAAAAUAAACUGUUACUAUUUGUUCAUCCCAACAGGUAAUACCUUGCAGUGGUGAUGGGACUGCUUUUUACCUCACCAGAGGCUAAUGGGAGGGAGCAGUUUAUUUUCCUGUCUGGCAUGUGGUGAUGCUGAGCUUGCUGAGCACCAUCCUUACUCCAUUCUGGAACAAAGUAAGGCUCAGAAAGGAUCAGAGGGUUCUAAAGUUCCUCCUGUGGGGAUGAAAUCCAUUGCAGGAGCUCUCCCUAUCUGACUCUAAACUGAAAAUAAUGUCAUGGGAGAUUGGGAGAUCAGCAGCCCCAGGUGAAGGAUGGGCAGAGGGUAGAAGCCAUUAGGGUUAGCAGCCCUUACUUCAAAGCAGUAGCAGCCCUUACUUCACUGUGGCAAAGCCUUUUGAGCUUUGAUAAAAUAUAAAUAGUAAAAACAUUAAUAAUUUAUGUCUCAGCUGUCCAUUUCCCCAGCAGUAAUCUCAGAGGCAGCUUUACACUUCUCCCUGGCAGGGGUCUCAGUGCACUGGGACACAAUACUGCCUCUUCUCAAAGUUUUGGUGCCAGCACACACAGCUCUCCAUCUCCACAGAACAGCAUCAGGAAAGACUUUACUGGGGUGACAGCAGGUAAAAGUCUGGUGGGAUGGAGCUGCUUCUGCUAUCCUGAAAUAGAAAUUAUAAUACCAAAAUUAAGGAUGUUUGCAAAAACAUAUGGAUACUGAGAGAGGGAGAGGAAAUUGUGAGUUUUAUUUGCCCUCUAAGGGGCUUUCCCUUCCCUGAAUUCACACAUGCUGACCAGAAUAACUAUCUUAAAUCUAGGAUAUCCCCAGUCUCAGGUGGGCUUAUAUGGUUUUAUCAGGUUCUGCCCUGGUAAAAUUACUGAAUAAAAAUAGUGGAAAUACUGGGAGCAACCUGGAUGAUGCAGCAUCCUCAUCUAGGCUUUCAAAAGCUGCUUUUGGGGUUAAUGCCCCUCUGGGUGAUCCCUGUAGUUGCUGACCUUUAUGGAGCAACUGCUUAAAGCACUUCUAUGACAAGUGAGCAAAUCUAAGGAGACAGCAGAAAAAAACCCAAAUGACAAAAUAUAAAUAUCAAAAAGAUUGCCGAAGAAAUGAAACCAUCUUCUAAGUCACUAAAUUAAUUCCUGUUGAUUGUAUACAAUCCUGUGCUGUAUAAUUUCCCUCAUGCUUCAACCAGUAUCACCAACCACAGAAUGGCAUUAGGUUUUCCCUCACAGCACAGCUGAGGGAGCUGCCAGGCCUUGUUCCUGCAUGGCCUCGCUGCCCCCAGAGCCUGCAGAGCUCACAGCACCCCAGGGCCACUGCAAACUGCACAACAAAGCCAUGGGACUAGCAGCCAGCCCAUCCCUCAAAGACCUUGGUGUUCCCAAAGAAACCAAUACUCCCAUGCACCAAACCAUGCAACACUUUUUAAAACACAUUUUGUAAAAAUACUUUUUACAGCAGCCAGAAGCUGCAAUCCUGUACAAUCUUUGUACAUUUGGGUGUGUUUCUUUGUUUUGGUUUGGUUUUUAUUUGUUUGUUUGGUUGUUGUUGUUGUGUUGUUUUGUUCAUUUUGUUUUGUUUUGUUCUGUUUAAUGAAGAAAGGCAUAACAAGCAAUGUGUGGGAAGUAAUGUAAACUAAAAUGAUCAGGUUCCCUAAA